AUGGUUAAGAGUUCUAAACAUCUAGUGUUCAAAUCUCUGUUCAAGCCAAGAAACCCUAGACCCUUCUCCUCUCAAUGGCCUUGGCCAUCUUGUAGUCAACCGAAGACCCCCUCUUUUCGACUGACCGUAGAGCAAAACUUAGUCCCUCAAGACUCAAGUGACUCAUGCAUUACAAAUUCAUCCUCUACAGGGUCGGAGAGCUUCUCUAUAGCCUCAGAUUCCUCAGUUGAGGCUGCAAUGCAAGCAAUGAGCUCCAAUAGGCUUCUCUUCGAUGGCGUAAGCGAUAGUAGCUCAUCGAUAGUGGGCAAUAAAGAAGUUAAGGUGCCAUUUGAAGGGAGCGUUGCAGUUGAAGUUGAGUCCAAGGAUCUCUACAGAGAUUUUCUUGCGUCAAUGAAGGAGAUCGUGGAGGCUAAUGCAGAGGUGAAGAAGGAUUUGGUUUGGUUUGAGGAGAUGCUUGAGUGGUAUUUGAGGAUGAACAGGAAGUCGACACAUGAGUUUAUUAUUGGGGCUUAUUGGGAUUUGCUUCUCGAGAUGAUGGCGUCUUCUUAUUGUAGUACAAGCGCUACACUUUCUUCAUGCUCUUCUUCUACUUGUUCUUCUUUGUCCUCUUAUUUUUCUUGCCCUUGUGAGAUUCAAGAUGUUGUGAAGCAGGAGGAAGAAAAGAUCAAGUAG